UGUUUUCUAGUUAGUAGUUAGUUAGUUAGUUAGUUUUUUGUUUUUAGAGGAAGGUGAAGGUUUAUAUUCAAGACUAUAUCCAUUUUUUUCCUUGGCCACCACUUUUUUAUUCUGUUUUAUCUUCCAUCUUUGCGGUAUAAUUUUUUUAAAAAAAAACUCGUUUCCGUUUCAUAUUAGUCAUAUUUUCAAAUUAAUUUUUUUUACAUAUUUUCUAUUUAUAUUUAAACUCGUUAUUUUUUCUUAAUUUUAAACCAAGAUGGCUUUCUCAUUUACAGAUGAUGAGAAAAAGCGUAUUCACAUAGCAAAACUUGCCGGCAUAACGCUAGAUCCCAUCGGGUACGCCGACCUAGCAACAAUAGUGAUUCUCAGCGUCGUCUACUUUCUAAAUCUUAUCUCUGUAAUAUUUCUUCUCUACAACCGCAGCUACGCGCCGCUGAAAUCCAAAUACCCAAUAAUGAUGAGCUGUUGCACCCUCGGGAUGUUUAUUUGGUUCCUUGGCGACCUCGUGCUAAAAUCACACGUCCACGUGCAAGGCCUUCUAUCAAAUUGCAUGAUAUUCCUCGUCUGGAUGCGCGUCCUCUGCGGAAACUUCAUGGUUUCGGCCUUGAUCUCCGUGCGCAGCUACGCGCUCUUCUGCGUGUUCCGGAAAAACCGCGCGUACAAGGGCAAGUACGUUUGGUUUUCAGGUGGUCUUGUCGGUGUGGUCGGGCUGAUCUUUCUACUGAUUACUUACGUAAUGCCUGAGGAUAACACCGUGCAUUACAUUGAGGCCAUACAGAUGUGCAAUAUGAGCUUUACCUACCGGGCAAUUGUCCAGGGGCUUUUGUGGGCGACGUGGACGGUGAAUGCGGUUAUUAAUUACCGCCUGCGCAAUAUCACCAGUUCCUUCAACGAGAGUCGCGAAAUGGGCGUUGCCUGCAUCAGUGUCUUUAUCCUGCUGGGCUUUAACACAAUCAUUCUUUACGCCUACCCGCUGUAUCCUACCAGAACCAUUCUCCGGGUGUCCGAGACUCUGCUGAGCCAUUUUAUUGCCAACUUUCUCUGGUGGUUUAUUAUGUUCCGCGGCAUCUACAACUGCGCAACCCGGAGAUCCGCCUACCUUGUUGAGUGGAAGGAAAAGUUGGUGAGCGACGGGCUCCAGAAACAUACCAAAUUUCGCGCACAGAUCCGUUUGCCGGAACCAUGAUGAGCAUUGGAAGCCAAAUAAAGGGCGGUGGCGGCCAGGGCGGCAAUAGCAAUGGCGUAGGAGGCCAGAUGGGGAGGAUGCACCCGCAUGAUACAAGAAUGUCGUUUUC